CCAAAUUACUAUAUCACAAUAACAAUAACAAUAACACCACUCCUACUUUCUCUUUUGUUUUUUCAGAUCUCUAUCUCUAGAUAUAAUUAUCAAUGGUGAACCAGCUGGAGAACCUUGUGGAAUCGAUCAAAUCGAAGGUGAGAGCUUUAAAGAGUAAGAAGCCGAAGAAGAGUUACAUCAAGAUGGACAAGAGCUCAAGCGUUAAGGUCGAGAUCCGUAGCAGAAAAGCCAGAAAACUCAUCGAUAAGACUCUCAAGGUCGCCGAUCGUCCUGGCAAGCGUACCGUCACUUGAAAAUUCAAUACCAUAAUAAUAAUUAUUGUUAUUAUUGUAGAUUUUUAUGUGUACAUAUAUAUGUUACAUAUGAAAUUUAUAUAUAUAUAUGUAUGCAUAUAGAUGAGACGUCGUCGUUUUAUAAUGAGAUUCGAUUGAGUCAUCGUUAUCUC